AUGAUACAAGUGCACGUUUUCCCUGUUCAUCUUAUGGAAUUGCCUUUCUAUAGAUUUGAUGUUAUUCUUGGUAUGGACUGGUUGAUUGAACAUAAGGCUAAGGUAAAAUUUGAAACAAAACGAAUUACUUUGAGGAAUAGUGAUGGGUUGGAAAUAAUUGUUGUUGGUGAAAGAACGAGAUUUAUGUCUAAUGUGGUUUUAGGUAUGAAGGUGGAGAAGUUGAUGGGAAAAGGUUGUGAAGCUUACUUAGCCUACGUGAUGAAUUCGCUUAGUAAAGAGUUGAGAGUUCAGGAUAUUCACACUGUUAAGGACUUUCCGGACGUGUUUCCUGAAGAGUUGCCUAAGGGUUCAUUUGACCGAGUGUAUCAUGUUGUGUCAGUAGAAGGGAUUCAUAUAGAUCCAAAGAAGAUUGAGGCAAUCUUAGGGUGGAAGCCGCUUAGAAGUUUUACCGAAGUUUGGAGUUUCUUGGCUUUUGCUGGCUAUUACCGUAGGUUCAUUAAAGGGUUUUCUCUGAUUGCUACACCUUUAAUGAAACUACUUCACAAAGAUGUGCUUAAGGCAGUUUUGACUAAGGUACUAGUGUUGGUUCAACCAGAGCUUGGAAAUGAUUCUGUGGUUUACAAUGAUGCUUCGAAUUCGAGUCUUAGUUGUGUGUUAAUGCAAGAGGGAAAAGAAUGCAUCGAGGUGUUGAAGACGCAUGGGCGUAAUUAUCCUUCUCAUGAUUUGGAGUUAGCUGUUGUGAUAUUUGUGGUUUACAUUGAGGUUUUGGAAGAGUUUGCAAGAGUCCCUGAGCAAAAAUCUUAUGCGGAUUUGAAACGUCGAGAUAUUAAGUUUCAAGUUGGCAAUAAGGUGUUCUUGAAGGUUUCAAUUUGGGAGAAGGUUUUGAACUUUGGAAGGAAUGGUAAAUUAAGUCCAAGGUAUGUUGGACCUUAUGAAGUUGUUGAAAGAGUUGGUUUGGUAGCUUAUUGUCUCAAAUUGCCGCAAGAACUUGAGCAAAUACACAAUGUUUUUCACAUGUCUAUGUUGAGGAAGUAUCGUAUAGAUCCGUCACAUAUUGUGCUAGUGGAGGAGAUUCAGGUGCGAACCGGUCUAACUUAUGAGGAAGAGUCGAUUGAGAUUCUAGCUCAUAAAGAGAAAGUUUUGUGUAAUAAGAGCAUUUUAUUGGUUAAGGUUUGUGGCGUAACCACAAAGCAGAAGAGGCUACUUGGGAAGCCUAAGAUACGAUGA